CAGAAAACCACGAAUUUUUAAUUCAGCUGCUCCUGACAAAAGGAUUUUUAUUUACUGAAAACACCAGUGACCUAUGGCAAAUGUAUCCCAUGAUGCAGCUGGAAAGGGCGAUGUUUGCUGGUCAAACGUUUCUUGCCUCUGUCCAUCUCACGGCACCAGAUCCAUCCUACCUCUUCUGUAUUUCCUGAUGUUCAUCACUGGGCUGCCUGGAAAUGCCCUCUCUCUCCAGAUAUUUGUGAAGAAAAUGACCACCAAAACGUCGACCCACUUCUACCUGACUAAUCUAGCCGUCUCCAACAUGUUGCUCUGUGCGGUCAUGCCGUUCCUGUCCAUGUAUUACAUGAUGGGAUACAAGUGGCAAGUUAACACAGUGGUGUGCAAGAUGAUCACAGCCGUGGUGACACCAAUCUUCCACAUUAACAUCUACAUGGGCAUGUUCAUAUUGAGCUGGAUCGCACUGAGCCGCUAUGCUAUCCUGAUGAAGUCCUAUGAGCACAGGGACCAGUGUCAUCUGGCACAUAUCCACUCCAGCCUUCUCAAAAGGUUCCGGGAGUUGAGUUUUGCCAAAAUGCUGUGCCUUGGCAUCUGGACCUUUGUGAUCAGUGCCAUUGUUCCUGUUGUGCUGUACUACUCCUUCAGUGAAGUCGGAGGAGAGGAAGCUUGCUAUGGCCAAAGUGUGGAAAUAGGAGGAGAGGCCUCACAGAUCUCCAGCGCCAUCGCCAUCGCCGUCUUCUUGUUCUGCUUCCUGUUGGUCCUGCUCUCCUACGUGUCCGUAACGAGGCACCUUUACAAUAUCCAGAAAAGCUCUGCCAUUCCAGGGAAGAGUCGCAUCUAUAGCCGAGUGUUCCGAAACAUUCUGGUCAUUCAGGUGGUGCUGGCUGUCUGCCUGCUGCCACACCACAUCUACAAAGCUGUGUUCAUCAAGCUAGUCCGCCCGCCAGCCUGCGACAGACUUUCUCUGCUGGUGGAAGUGAAGAACUUCCUGCUGUGCCUCGCUGCUCUCAGGUGCAGCACAGACCCCCUCAUGUACUUCUUCCUGGACAACACAUUCCGGAGGCAUUGCAAGAGCCUCCUGAAAUGCAGCUCGGCCAAGCACAGCAGCCAGUCUUCAGGCUCGAGCAAGGAUUGGGACGUCAAUAUCUCCCACACAAAACACACCAACGUGCCUGAGAAACAAUUCGUCAGAUGGGAAGUGGCUCCAUAGGACGAGGCUUUAUUUUUAACAGAUGGACGCAUUUCGCUUCCUCAAUUUAAGGAUACGCCAAGGGCAAACUACCGAAAAUACUUAUGUUAAUGUUUCCUUAACAUGUCUCUUUUCACUCUACCUUGCUUCAAAUUGCAUUUCACUGUCAAGACUGAAACAUUAGAUACUGUUAGACAAGUUCAGAUCACUUGACAUCUCAACAACUGAUUAGAGGUCUACAGAACUGGCCUAGAGAGGCGAGAGUCUGUGGAAAAACUGACCAAUUGUAAUCCAAAGUGAUUUGCAUGUUUAUCCAUUCAUUCAGGUUGGAGUUUCACUGGAGCAAUCUGAGUGAAGGGCCUUGCUCAAGAGCUCAACACCACCCAAUCCUGUCCCACCCAUGAUUAGAACCCACAACCACCCAAAUACUACUAGUCUAGAACCCUUUUACCACUAUAAUAAAAUACCUGUCAAAUGUACAUACUGGACAAGUAAAAUACAUUGAACUAUUUUACCAUUCUGAAAUUAAAUAAAUAACUGAGGUAAGCUUUAGGUACCCGAGAAGUGUCUCUUAGAUUUUAGAUUAGAUAGGUUUGUGACAUUUGGCAGAUUAAACUCUUCUAACUAACAAAGCAGAGAGGAUGGUGACUGAGGUCUGAGGGGUCCCUGGAGCAGAAACAAUUGUGAAGUGUACCUUAGUAUACCUAGGCAAGCUGUGGGUUAAUCAUUGUCAAGGAGCAGGACAGACAAUAAGAUUACAGACAGAGGAGAGGAAGAAACAAGGAGAUGCAGGGAAGAAGGAGAGGAGAGACAAGAGUCGGGAGCAGUUGGGACUCGAAACUUGCACCAGGCGAGAGCUCCUACUUCAUGAUCAUCCAAACCAAACCUGACUGGAGCAAAGUAUUUGAACCUUGUUAGAGAGAACGUGCUAUUUGGUGUUUUUUGGGAACUUGGGUUUCCUGGGUAAAACAUACAUCAGUUAGAAACAUCUUUCCUGCUAAGGGUGCAUUUUUAUG